UCCACAUCGCACCCUCGAGCAGCGCGGCGCCGCUUCCUCUCCUUCUCCACGCGUGCCACUCAGUGCACCCGUCCGGUCUCUUCGCACCCACUCCGCCGCUCUCUGCUGCGCUUCUGCCGCUGCAGCGCCCGCCCGCUCCCGCCCCCGCCGCGCCCUCCACCCGCCUGCCUGCGCCGCCAUGUCGCACCAGGACGCAAAGAAGAACCUGCCCAAGAUCCGCGAUGAGGAGCGCGAGUCGCGCUUCGGGCGCGUGUUCGGCGUCUCGGGCCCCGUCGUCAUUGCCGAGAACAUGAUCGGCUCGGCCAUGUACGAGCUCGUGCGCGUCGGCCACGACGAGCUCGUCGGCGAGAUCAUCCGCAUCGACGCCGACAAGGUCACCAUCCAGGUGUACGAGGAGACGAGCGGUGUCUCCGUCGGCGACCCCGUGCUCAGCACGGGCAAGCCGCUGAGUGUCGAGCUGGGCCCGGGCCUGAUGGAGAACAUUUACGACGGCAUCCAGCGCCCGCUCGAGGCCAUCAUGAAGAAGAGCGAGGGCAUCUACAUCCCGCGCGGCAUCAACACGCAGGCCCUGAACCGCGAGUUGCAAUGGGACUUCAAGCCGAUGAACUUCAAGGUCGGCGACCACAUCUCCGGCGGCGACAUCUACGGCAGCGUGUUCGAGAACACGCUGCUGACGGACCACAAGAUCAUGAUGGGCCCGCGCGCCCACGGCACCAUCACGCACCUGGCCGAGCAGGGCUCGUACGGCGUCGACGACGUCGUGCUGGAGGUCGAGUUCCAGGGCAAGAAGUCGAAGCACACCAUGUGCCAGCUGUGGCCGGUGCGCGCGCCACGCCCUGUGGCUGAGAAGCUCGUCGCGGACACGCCGCUGCUCACGGGCCAGCGCAUCCUCGACACGCUCUUCCCGUGCAUCCAGGGCGGCACGACGGCCAUCCCCGGCGCGUUCGGCUGCGGCAAGACGGUCAUCUCGCAGGCGCUGUCCAAGUUCUCCAACUCGGACAUCAUCACCUACGUCGGCUGCGGCGAGCGCGGCAACGAGAUGGCCGAGGUGCUGGCCGAGUUCCCGGAGCUGACGCUGAUGCGCGACGGCAAGGAGCAGCCCAUCAUGAAGCGCACGACGCUCGUCGCCAACACGUCGAACAUGCCCGUCGCCGCGCGCGAGGCGUCCAUCUACACGGGCAUCACGCUGUCGGAGUACUUCCGCGACCAGGGCUACAAUGUGGCCAUGAUGGCCGACUCGACGUCGCGCUGGGCCGAGGCGCUGCGUGAGAUCAGUGGUCGUCUCGCCGAGAUGCCGGCCGACAGCGGCUACCCGGCGUACCUGGGUGCCAAGCUGGCCUCGUUCUACGAGCGUGCCGGCAAGGUCACCUGCCUCGGCUCGCCCGGCCGCAACGGCAGUGUCUCGCUCGUCGGCGCCGUCAGCCCGCCGGGUGGUGACUUCUCCGACCCCGUCACGAGCGCCACGCUCGGCAUUGUCGGCGCCUUCUGGGGUCUGGACAAGAAGCUGGCGCAGCGGAAGCACUUCCCGUCGGUCAACUGGAGCAUGUCGUACUCGAACUACAUCAACGCGCUCGAGCCGUACUACGAGCGGAACCAGCCCGGCUUCAUCAAGCUGCGUUCGACGGCCAAGGCGCUGCUGCAGAAGGACGAGGAGCUGGCCGAGAUCGUGCAGCUCGUCGGCAAGAGCGCGCUCGGCGAGAACGACAAGGUGACGCUCGACGUCGCCACGCUCAUCAAGAACGACUUCCUGGCGCAGAACGGCAUCUCGGAGUACGACCAGUACUGCCCGAUGUACAAGUCCUCGCUCAUGCUCAAGAACUUUAUCGAUUUCCACGACAAGGCACAGGCGGCCAUCAACGGCAACUCGGACCUCACGUGGGCCAAGAUCCGCGAGCACACCGCCGACGCCAUGCACGGCCUGAGCCAGCAGAAGUUCCUGUCGCCGAGCGAGGGCGAGGAGACGGUCAAGUCGGCACUCAACAAGCUCUCGUCGCAGAUCGAGGAGUCGUUCCGCUCGCUGGGCGACUGAGCGCUGCGCCCGGCUCAUUUGUACAUACCACCACCAUCCACGCCGCGAGCAAAGACACAGCCUGACCCGAGUG